GGUGCCGUGAGGUGACAGCGGGCAGAGGUAUGGAGGAUUUAGUGAGCGGGACGGAGGAGGAGGACGGAGCCCGAGCGGAGAGAAGGCUAUACUAGCUCCCUCCUCUAUGGCUUGGUUCCUCAGUUCGCAGUAUCCCAGCUUGGUCUACUCAUCAACCAUCUUCAUUCAGAAAAAAAAAAAAACACAUCGUAGUUUCAUUUUCAAGUUCAGUCUUCAUCUCUGUGUGGAGCAAUACUACUGACUUUCAGAUCCUAUACAAUUCAGCAUGAGAAAGGAGUCUUAGGAUCUGCUGCUGCUGCUGCUCUAGACUCACCAAAUCGACUGCCUGGAGUUACGUUCGAAGACUGAAAAUCGCUGCACCUUAACAAAACAAAGCGAUAAAACUGCUCGUCAGUCUGUUUUGAUACUGGUCUGGGCUGUGAACACUAGAAGACACUACAAGUAAGGAUAUAGAGACAUCAUUGGGUGACCAUUGCUUGACGUGAGCAGGACCCCCGAGAUUGGUCCCCCCCCCGUUCAUGAGAAGCCCAGAGCAAGUGAAUGGAAUGAAAUCCAGCCGUACGGCCAGACGCCCAGACCUGCUGCAUUGAAGAGCCUAUAUGCUGCCUCUCUUCCUCCCAUUCCCAAAUGAUCAUCUGCACUAAACCGGAGACGUGGAGCGAGAUACCCGAGGAGUGACGCCAUUCUGUAACUACUGAAGAGACUCCGGACAGCUGAAAACCAGAAGGCGUCUGUGGAGAAUGAGAUUACUCAGCCGAGAGAAAGCAGCGCCAAGCCUUGCCGCCUCUGCCAGAACUUUGUAGCUGUCCUGUUGCGGUGCCCAGCCAUAUCCACUCAACACAUACAGACAUCAAGCAACCAAUCAGCACGUGUGCACACACAAAGUCGUCUGAUUGUGACCUCAGUUGCAAGGGGAUGACAGAGCGCACUCACAGCAUCAACCUUCACAACUUCAGCAAUUCCGUGCUCGAGACGCUAAACGAGCAGCGCAACCGUGGCCACUUCUGUGACGUGACGGUGCGAAUCCACGGGAGCAUGCUGCGGGCACACCGCUGCGUGCUGGCCGCUGGCAGCCCAUUCUUCCAGGACAAGCUGCUGCUCGGCUACAGCGACAUCGAGAUCCCGUCGGUGGUGUCGGUCCACGCAGUCCAGAAGCUCAUUGACUUUAUGUACAGCGGAGUGCUGCGGGUCUCCCAGUCGGAGGCCCUCCAAAUCCUUACUGCUGCCAGCAUCCUGCAGAUAAAAACCGUCAUAGACGAAUGCACGCGAAUUGUCUCACAAAAUGUGGGAGGUAUUUAUCCUCUCAUACCGGACUCUGGUCAAGAGACGCCCAGGGGGACUCCGGAAUCCGGAACCUCUGGGCAAAGUAGUGACACCGAAUCUGGCUUUCUGCAGAGCCACCGUCAGCAUAGCGUGGACAGGAUCUACUCUGCCUUAUACACGUGUUCCAUGCAAAAUGGCAGCGGGGAACGCUCGUUUUACAGCGGAGCCCUGGUCAGCCAUCACGAAACUGCCUUGGGGCUGCCUAGACAACAUCACAUAGAAGAGCCUAGCUGGAUCACAAGGAUUCACCAGCGCUCUCAGAGGAUGGAGCGGUAUCUCACCACCACCCCGGAAACCACCCACUGCCGCAAACAACCGCGCCCCGUCCGGAUUCAGACAUUGAUGGGAAACAUACACAUCAAGCAGGAGGUGGAAGACGAUUAUGACUACUACGGUCAGCAAAGGCCGCAGGGCCUCGAACGCAAUGAGUCCGAAGAGUGCACUGAAGACACCGAUCAAGCAGAAGGCACGGAGAGUGAACCAAAAGGAGAGAGCUUUGACUCUGGAGUGAGCUCAUCCAUCGGCACAGAGCCCGACACGUCGGAGCAGCAGUACAUGCCUAACCUUGUACGGGAGGGUCAACAGGACCCCUCUCAACCAGAGUCGAAUGCCUUGUCCACCGAAUGCAUUGAGAACCAGAACCAACAGCACUUAGAAAACAGCUCGUCUUCUCCGGAGAGGAGCAAUGACAUUAAAAUGGACAGCACAGUCAUCAGUGUUAGCAAUAGCACCGAGAAAGGGGUCCUACAGACUUCUGUAUCCCAGUCCAUAGGGCAAGCUUUGCCAACCACUCAGCUGUACUUACGCCAGACCGAAACCCUCACCAGCAACCUGAGGAUGCCGCUCACUCUGACCAGCAACACCCAGGUCAUCGGCACGGCGGGCAAUACCUACCUUCCGGCCCUGUUCACAACGCAGGCGGCUGGCACCGGACCCAAGCCUUUUCUCUUCAGCCUGCCCCAACCCCUGGCUGGUCAGCAGCCCCAGUUUGUGUCUGUUUCCCAGGGAGGAAUGCCAUCGUAUCCUUCCCAAAUCCAAAACCAACAACCCCAAGGAGGACAUAGCACAGGCAGCGUGCAGGGAGAGAAAAAGCCUUAUGAGUGCACUCUCUGCAACAAAACCUUCACCGCCAAACAAAACUAUGUGAAGCACAUGUUUGUACAUACAGGUGAGAAACCGCACCAGUGUAGCAUCUGCUGGAGGUCAUUUUCAUUAAAGGAUUACCUAAUCAAACACAUGGUGACGCACACAGGCGUCAGGGCUUACCAGUGCAGCAUCUGCAACAAGCGUUUCACCCAAAAGAGUUCCCUCAACGUGCACAUGCGCCUGCAUCGGGGGGAAAAGUCUUAUGAGUGCUACAUGUGCAAGAAGAAGUUUUCUCACAAGACGCUGCUGGAGAGGCACGUGGCCCUUCACAACGCCACCAAUGGCACUGCCAGCAUCCCAGUCCCCGGUCCACCUAUGAACUCUAUUUCAGGAUCAGCGCAGGCUCCUGCCUCCACUCCAGGUCAAGGAUUGCCUUCAGCUCCCACCAUGGCUCCAGCACCGGUCUUGCCUCUGACACCCGUCUUGGCACCUGCUCCGGUUUUGGCUCCGACUCCAGCCUUAGUUCCAGCUCCAAUUUUGGUCUCUGCCUUAGCACCGGCACCAUCACUGGCUCCACCCCCCAGCGCUGCUCCGACUCCUGGCCCGGUUCUAGUCCCUCGUCCCGGGCCUCCAAAUAGUGUGGGCCCAGAAUUUUCAGAGGGCACAACGUACGUUUGCUCAGUCUGUCCAGCUAAGUUUGACCAAAUCGAGCAGUUCAACGACCACAUGAGAAUGCACGUUUCAGACGGAUAAAUACCAUUCAUUCUUACGAACAAACAAAAACAAAAACAAAAGCUAUGGCACUAGAAUUUAAGAGUUUUUCUUUUUAUUUUUAGUUUUUUUUUUUUUUUUUUUUGACAUUUUGUACUACAUGAAGAACUUUAUUGCCUGCUGGUACAUUACAUUUCCGGAGAGUGGGUGAAUAUAUAUAUAUCAAGAUAUAUAACCUGCAUAUAUAUUUUAUCCAGUCUCCCUCAGAUGGUGGCCUUAAGGCCUGGUAGAUAUACCUGGAUUCCACUGGUUGGAAUUCACGCUACUGGCCUCUAAAUAUACAACCCUUCUUUAAAAAAAAAAGGAAAAAAAUGACAAAAAAGACACGUAAAAAAAAAAAUGUUAAAAAAAGUUCAUGAAAAAGCUACAAAAAAUAAAACAUGAACCAUUUUCCACUUGUGUAGAGCACUACAAAGAAAAUAAUAUAACAAGAUAUUACAGAAGGCCUACUGUCUCUUAACAUGCCGCUUACAGUGUUUUUAUUUCUUUGUGGCUUUUAUUUUUUUUUCUUAAACUUCAUUCUGGAGGACAUUUUUUUCCCCGCACUUAGCCGCCCAGAUUUCACGGUAUCUGGAGGAUAAAAACUGAGCACUUCUUUUUGUUUCUUUGUUGGUUUCUGCGGCAUUAAACAUGUAAUUUUGAUUUACUAUUUUAAUUUUUUAUUUUUUUUAGGGGGUGGGAUGGGGGGGGGGAAGUGGGUUCGUUGUUAACGGCAGUUAUUAAAAGCUGAGAUGAGAGGACCCAAGGAAGGAUUUAGUACCGUCACUGAAUAGUAUCCUGUUCUGGGUUCAGCGUGGUCCAAUGUGUUUUCUGCUCUGCCUGGAUACCCAUAACUCCCCUCUCUUCACCUCCUACCCGUCCAUGAAUUUCUUUUGCAGCUUUGAGGACAAGAAGAAACUGUUAGAGCAACAUGAAAUACAAAAGGGCAAAAAUACGUGGCUGUUAUAUAUAUAUAUCUAUAUAUAUAUUAUUAUUUUUUUCUCUCGAAAAUCAGCAAAUCUGCAGUGACGAAAUCAGCACUUCAACACACCUGUCUAUUCAUGUCAUUUUCGGAGUUCCUGAUGCAGUACAGGACAAGGACUGAGAGAGGCGGGCACAGCCCAAAAAUACUCUGUCUACGGAAACCAAUUUCACAGACGAACACCUGAGAUAUUAAAGAAAAAAUGUUCUUACAUUUCGGCUCCUUCACUCAAACAUCAAGUGUACAGUGGCGCCCCUGCGGCAUGGCACAACUCUUCACUGAAGUAUGAGAGGGCAUACCAAAAGGGGGGGGGAGGGGGUUGUAUUGUCUUCUUGUGUUGAUCUGAUCAUUAAGAUGUCUAUCAAAGCAGCUGCCACCUCUUAUGAAUCAUAGGUAACAUUCUAGAGGUUAUCGUAUGCUGUUUCCAAAAACUUUGUGUUUCCAAGUCUGUCUUAGAGGCACUGUUCUAAGUUUCAAAGCCACAGUUUUCCAUGAAGUUAUGAGUGGUCUGUUUUCACUUCACUUAAAAUGGUUGUAAAGUCUCACAUUCAAAUGUCUUUGGAAGGUGGUUAGCUCAAAGGAUUUUCUAAACCCAUACUACAAGUUCUUCAGGUUCUUCAAGUAGAUGUUUCAGUCUACUUGUUCAAGUAGAUGUUUCAGUCUACCGGAAGUCUAGCCUAAUACUGUCGCAGUCAUAAAAGAAUUACAAAAACACUUGGAGAUCAUUAGAAGUAGAUUAGUCAACCUUGAAUACUGAUGGAUAUAAAGCAUUGUUUGAUGGUGAGCACCAUCAACGGGGUGAGCAACUACCAUUAUUACAGCUCAUGGUGGUUGAGUUCUGAGUUACAAUCAAUCAAACAUCUUGCUGUUCCUGAAGAUCAUUUCCGUAUGGGUUUGGAAAGCCACAAUUUCCCAUGAAUUUAGGAACAGUCUGUUUUCAUUCACUUUAAAUGGUUGUAGAGUUUCCAUUUCAAUGAAGGUUCCAAAAUGUCUUUGGAAGGUGGUUAGCGCAAUGGAUUUUCUAAACCCAUACUACAAGUUCUUCAGGCUCUUCAAGCAGAUGUUUCAGUCUACCGGAAGUCUAGUUUAAUACUGUCACAGUCAUAAAAGAAUUACAAAAACCCUUGGAGAUGAUUAGAAGUUGAUUAGUCAACCUUGAAUACUGAUGGAUAUAAAGCAUUGUUUGAUGGUGAGCAACAUCAACGGGGUGAGCAACUACCAUUAUUUCAGCUCAUGGUGGUUGAGUUCUGAGUUACAAUCAAUCAAACAUCUUGCUGUUCCUGAAGAUCAUUUACGUAUGGGUUUGGAAAGCCACAAUUUCCCAUGAAGUUAUGAACAGUCUGUUUUCAUUCAAUUUAAAUGGUUGUAGAGUUUUCAUUUCAAUGAAGGAUCCAAAAUAUAUUUUGGAAGGUGGUAGGGUCAAAGGAAUUUUCUAAACCCAUACGACAAUUUCUUCAGUUCCUUCAAGUAGAUGUUUCAGUCUACUGAAAGACUAGUUUAUUACUGUCACAUUCAUAAAAGAAUUACAAAAAAACUUGGAGACACACUGGUUCCUCCAAGGGUUGAUGGGGGUCCCUUGAGCAAUGAGCAAUUUCUGCCUCUCAGAUAAGUUCCCAGUGACACUAUUGAUCUUUGUAGCUAUCUGUAAGGUGGCAAUUCUUCCCAGUGACCAUGUGUGUAAGGAAUAUUCUUCCCAUUGACCAUUAUACUAAUGUAUUAUGAGUUGUAGAUAUCGUAAUUUUUAGCAGGGGUUUCCUGAGCCCGGAAAGUUAUUUCAAGGAUUCCUCUGUGUUGAUAAGGUUGAGAAAGGGUGAUCUACGGGGUGGGCAACUACUAUUAUCACAUCUCAUGCUGGUUAAGUUCUGAGGUACAGUCUUUCAGACAGCUUGCUGUUCCUGAAGCUUCUGAAGAUCUGUUUUCUGUAUGGGUUUGGAAAAUUUCAAAUCUGUUAUUUCAACAGCAAAAAAAAAAAAAACUUCUGCAAAUUGGGGC